AUGGCUACUGCUGAAGAGCGUAAACUUGAGCUUGAACGCAAGAAGCAGAAGCUGGCUGAAAUUCGGGAGGAGAAAAGACGCCGGGAAGAAGAACGGCGGCGGAAUUUGUUGAAAAAUGCAAAUCUCGAAAAUGGAGCAGUGAGCGAUUUGCCGAAAACAUUUUCACAAAAGGAUCUAGAGGAGAUCCUGGAACCGUUAGGAAUAUCGGCACAGCCUCAGAUUGAGUCAUCCAUUACUCCAAACAACAUUGAUCACCGAACAGUAGAUGGAGUUGGGAACAAUCAGAAAUAUUUGUCCAUUCCCAGGACACAAAAACUUGCUCUUUGUGAAACACAGAUAAUUUCAGUACCACCUAAGGAUGCUGCGUCUUAUUGUAAAACAACACAAACCGAUGACGAUCGAGUAUCAGCGGGAGAAUUUAGUUUAGGUUCUCAGGAAUUCGAUUAUGAUGAGGAAAUGACGAUGUUGGAUAAACAUUUAGAAAUCAAUUUUGACGAGUCCCCUACACGAGAAAUUGCGAACAUUUUGCCUAACUUUAACUUUGGUGUACGUCAACAUCAGGAGAAUGGUGAAGAGAAGAAAGAGGAGGAAACGAAGGUCCCAGAUCUGAGUGAAGAAGAAAAGUUACAAAUUCUCAGCAGUCAAAAAUUUCAACAAUUUUUUGAUUACAGCUCACGCGUCAUGGAACGACAGUUAGCUGAAGAGAUUGACAUCUUCAUCGAUUACUCUCGCGACGAAGCUAUGGAUGAGAAAACUAAUAAUGGUGAGAAAUUGGUGUUUGCUAGAAAAUUUGUUGAUGAAAAAUGGAGUGCAGGAAGAGCUGUAACAGGUAUUGAUCAUUGUGUGCAACACCCAGAAUUAUUUGCUGUUUCAUAUGAUCAGAAUCCUGAUUCGCCUCUUGAUCCUAUUGGAGUAGUACAAGUAUGGAGUUGUCGUUUCAAAAAACCAAGUGCUGAGUACACUUUCUACUGUCAAUCACAGAUUACUAGUGUAGCGUUUGCUAAAUUCCAUCCAAAUUUAAUAAUGGGAGGAUGUUAUUCCGGUCAGAUUUGUAUGUGGGACAAUAGACUCAGCAAGAAGACUCCUGUCAAUAAGAGUCCUUUAUCAUCACAAGCUCAUACUCAUCCAGUGCUGAGCAUGGCAGUGGUGGGUAGUCAAAAUGCACAUAAUUUAAUUAGUAUAUCAACUGAUGGAAGGCUUUGCUCAUGGAGCGUUGAUAAUUUAAAUCAACCAAUUGAUGUAAUUGACUUAGCAUGGAAGCAGAAGCAGGUAACAUGCACUUGCAUGUCGUUUGCUCUUGACGAUGUUAAUAAUUUUGUGGUAGGUAGUGAGGAAGGGAAUGUCUAUACGGCAAGCAGGCAUGGUAAUAAAGGUGGAAUAAAUGAUAGCUAUGAAGGUCACAUUGGACCUAUAACAGGAGUUGAUACACAUAAAGCUUCUGGUAUUAUUGACUUGUCACAUUUAUUUUUAUCAUGUUCUUUGGAUUGGACUGUCAAGUUGUGGAGUACCAAGGAGACACGACCGAUUUAUUCAUUCGAAAAGCAUGGUAAUUAUGUAACUGAUGUUGCCUGGUCUCCCGUUCAUCCUGCAAUUUUUACAUCGGCAGAUGCUAGUGGAAAUGUAUUUUUGUGGAAUUUAAAUGAAGAUACCGAAGCCCCUGUGUCGCAUUUGCAAAUGGAAGGUGGUGCAGGAGUACGGAAGAUGAAAUGGAUGCAGAACGGUCAACAACUAACCGUGGGCGAUGAGAAAGGUAAUUUGUACGUUUAUGAUGUACACGAAAACCUUACUAACUGUCGCCCGGAUGAAUGGUCGAAGCUGUCAAGAGCACUUCGUGAUAUCAGACGAGCGAGCGAAGAAGGGGAAGAAUUAGUAGAAGCAAUGAAUAGCUAUUGUGUGUCUUCUGUUGGUAUUAGUUCAAUAACUAAUGCUGCGGUGGGUGUUACUGGCUUAUCGCCAAGACAGCAGUGGUAG